GCAGUGACACAGCUUAUCUACAGGACAUAUCAGGGAGAUGAAGAGAUAAAUUUGGAAAUUCGUCUCAGGUCCAUGGAUCAGUUUUAGUUGACACUUGACACGCUCAGUGACACAGUUCCAAACAUACAAGCGCCAAAUAAUACAAUGUCACUCAAGGAAAGUCAAUUGUUACUUAUUUGUUUUCUCUUUCUUUCUCUCUCUCUCUCUCUCUCUCCCUCUCUCUCUCUCUUUUCGGUUUCUUAGAGGAGAAUGAAGUGUUGUCCAUGUGACUCCAGGAACCCAAAUGGUCAACUGGCCCACACUGUCCAGGAUGUCCUAUCCACCUCUGGACCAGAUAGAUGGUGGCAGUCCAGGAAAGAAGUGAAUCCAGUCACUCUCCAGCUGAACCUUGACAACCUGUUCCAGCUUGACAACCUGCUGCUCAGCUUCAAGGGUCCUCGUCCCAGUGCCAUGGUCAUAGAGAGGACACUAGAUAACAGCAGGACAUGGGAGCCCGCCCUCUACUUGGCUACAGAUUGUCAAAAAGCUUUUCCUGGCAUCCCUACAACAACACCUCUUACCCUGGAUGAGACAUACUGCUACACACUGCCUCCUACUGCACUAAACCCAUACCAAGAUCACAAUAUUGAGUUCAGUCCUCUGCGUCAGUAUGCUUAUGUCCCAGCUCCCAACAGCAAAAAAAUUGAAGAUGUGUCUGGUUUAACUGGGCUGAGGGUGAGGUUGACAGAGCUGGGUGAUGUGCCACGUCUACCAGGCAGAUCUCUCAGUAGGUUUUAUGCCCUGAAGGAGAUGAAGGUGAUGGGCAGCUGUAUGUGCCAUGGCCACGCCAACCGAUGCCUGCCAGAAACCUACAACAACCCACUGUCCAAUACCAUACAGGUGAAUCCUCAGUGUGACUGUCAGCAUAACACAGCAGGUGUGAACUGUGAGCGUUGUGCUGAUCUCUACAAUGAUCUGCCCUGGAGACCUGCAGAGGAGGGCAACACUCAUACCUGCAAACGCUGCGAGUGUAACAACCAUGCCCAGCGCUGUCGUUUUGACCAGGCGGUGUACGAGGCCAGUGGGCGGAAGAGCGGAGGUGUGUGUGAGGGCUGUAUGCACCACACCACAGGACCAAAGUGUGACCAGUGUGCCCCAGGCUACCAACCAAACCCCCGCAGCCGCAUGGACCGUCCUGAUGCCUGCAUACGCUGUAUCUGCAGUGCUGAGGGGACGGUGGAUGGGGGCCAGUGUGACGACAGCACAGGCUCGUGUCGCUGCAAGGCAAACGUUGAUGGUCCCCGCUGUGACCGAUGUAAAAGAGGCUACUACAGCCUGAGCGACUCCAACCCUCUAGGCUGCACCAAGUGUUCCUGUUCUCCAGACGGUUCACUGUCAGAUGUUUGUGAUCCAAUCACCGGCCAGUGUCCCUGUCGUCCCCACUUCCACGGCCUGACCUGUGAAGUGUGUUCGAAAGGCUACUGGAAACCAUUCCUGUCAGGACGCUGCGAACCAUGUGGCUGUGACCCCACCAGGUCAUACAGUGAUACUUGUGACCAGACAACAGGCCAAUGUCAGUGUAGGCCAGGUUUUGGAGGCCGAACAUGUACCGAGUGCCCAGAAAACACAUAUGGAGACCCUCUCGUAGGCUGCCGACCCUGUAGGUGUGAUACUGAAGGAACCCUUCCAGAGGUUUGUGACAAGCAGACAGGAGCCUGUCUGUGUCGGCCGGGCGUCACGGGGACUCGCUGUGACUCCUGCAGUCGUGGGCACUGUGACUCCUUCCCUGCCUGUGAGACGUGCCCCUCCUGCUUCUUCACCCUGGAUGCACAGAGACAGAACAUCAGCUUAGCUCUGGAGAGACUCUCCCCCAGCUUCCCCCCUCGUCCUGAUCUUGGAAACUUCGCACUCCGCAUCCAGACCCUGGAGACCAGCCUGAACCUGAUCCGGGACUCUAUCGUCCUCCCACCAAGUACCACCAGUCAGGUCGAUGAUGCUCUGUCCCAGCUGGAGAAGCUGAGGGACCAGGUGAACAAGGUUAAUGAUGACCUUUCACCCCUGGCAAAAACUCCUGGUCUGUCCUCAGAGCUGGACAAACUGCAAGAUCUGCUAAAUAGCCUCACUCCAUUGUACAAAGCCAAGAAAGAUGCCCUAGAGAACUCCAUCAGUCCCAACAAUGCAGGAGCAUUUACUGCAAUCAAGAACGCCUACGACGAGUCCACAGACGCAGCUAAGAAAGUAGAUACCAGUGAAAACUCUGUGAAGGAGUCAGCUGACGUCAGAAAGGAGACUAUGGAUCUUCAGAACCAAGUACAGCCAGCCAACACCAGAGAUUUGGACAAACUAAACCAGAGCAUGGCUUCCAGACCUAACCUCACACCUGCUGCCAAACAGGUAUGUGGCAGUACACGCACAGAGCCCUGCACUCCUCUGAGCUGUGAAGGCGAAGAGUUGUGUCCACCGGAGAGAACUUGUGAAAAAGGAGAAAACUGUGUUGGUGCCCUGCCUCUGAGCAAGAAGGCAAAUGCUGAUUCUAAGGAUGUGAAGGACCGACUGGACAAGCUCAGUAUGAAGAUCACAGAGGCUACAGAGAAGCUCCAGGAAACGCAGGAGACAACCAAUCAGGUGCGACAGUCUGCACAGAAGCUGUCCAAUAAGAUGAAGCAGACCAGAGACGAGCUGGAAGGCGACCUAAAAGAGACACGCGAUGUCGUGAAAGAGCUCAAAGACUUCCUGUCAGACCCAUCCUCCAACCUGACCCAGAUCCAGGAGGUGAGCGACUGGAUCCUGAAAGCCAAGCUACCUCUCAGUCUGGCUGCUCUGAAGAGAAAGUUGGAGGAGCUGAAGAAUCUGGCAGCCAAUCUACCAGACAGCACAGCUGUGUUAAAGGAGGCCGAGCCACAGCUGGACACGGCCAGGAAACUGCUGGAGGAGGCACAGGAUGCCAGGGACAAAGCACAAGGAGUUAAGGCCGAUGUGGACGGGCUGCUGGCUGGCUUUGACCCGAUGAGCGACUCCCUCUCUGACCUGGAAAAUAAAGUGCAAGACAGUCUCGACCUCAUAAACAACCUAAAAAACAACCUGACUGAGGCCAAGAACCAGCUGACCCCAGCAGAGAAGGCUCUGGAUGAUGUAACAACAAUGAUAAAGCCAAUGAAACCCCAACUAGAUGAGCUCAAAGACCUGCUGCAGGAUGGUGUCCAACAAGCACAAGAUGCACAGGACAAUGCAGUCAAAGCUGAGGAUGAAGCUGCUGCUGCAAAUGAGGACUUGCUGACAUUAGAGAAGCAGCUGGAUGAUCUGAAAGAUAAAGCUGCAGCCAGUGGGUCUGGUGGAGAGGCAGGUCCAGUGGGGGAACGACUGGCGAAGCUGCAGCAGGAUGCUGGACUUCUGGCUAACACCACUGAUAGCAUGAUGAAUGCUCUGGAAGGUAGGGCAGAUUCCCUGAGGAAGCUUCAGGAUGAGAUCCUCCAGAAAUCAACAAAGCUUGAAGGACUUGAUGCCAAGGUUAAAGACCUUCUGUCAGAACUGCGAAAGAAAGCCCAUGACCUCAGCACCUGCCAGGGCUGAAAGCUCUCAGAACAGCACCUGCAGCUACUGUCACUACACUACUUCAUUCCAGCACUUCACACUAUUCACUACUACUGUCAAAAACACUGUUAUCCUCCACUUUAGAGGAAAACUCCACCCAAGCUCUGGAACACCGCUAUAAGUGUCAAAGAACUGUAGGAAAUCUCUGCCUGGGGUUGAAGGAGUAAAUGUCCCAUUUACUGAUCAGAAAUCUACACUCUUCUGAACCGUAUAGUAUAUAGGCACAUAUUGGACAAAAUAUUGUGAUAUUUGAGUUUGUCAAUGUCAUUCUCAUCAUUCAGCAUUUUAUCUAGAAAAAAGCCGCAGCUUCUGACGUUGUGGCAGCACAGCAAGAGCCCACACAAACUUUUAUUUAUCAGCAGCAAUACACUCCACUGUGAACACUGCACCACAAUUACUGUCUUUUUCACAGCUAUCUUCUUUGUUGCAUCUGUUGUUUGUGUACAAUCCUCAAUAUUUAAAUAAAAGAUUGUUAAUAUUUUGA